AAUAUUGUGUACUUUUUUGUUUUUGGCUGGAUACCAAUAUUGCGUGCUUGUCUAUAAAAGCUAUAGACUAUCAGUCAGAUUAGAGAAUACCAUUCAAAUAAGCAACGAAGAUGAAGAAGUCUUUCUCUACUUUCAUCUUUGUCUGCUCUAUUAUCGUGUUGGCAGAUAUCAGCGAUGCUAGACAAGACGUGGGAGAGUACUGGAAGAACAUUAUGAAAGACCAACCGAUGCCAGACGCGAUCAGAGACCUUUUCCAUGAUCAAGAACUGCCAUCCCUCAGUGGUUCAAUUAAACGGGAUCGUUUUGUCAAGGAUUUCGAUCUUCGUCCUAAUGUUAUCAUAUAUCACAGCAGUCAUUCCCAGCCCCAUGGAGUCAUGAAUCAUAAACGUCAUCAAAAACCUAUCAAUAAGAAAAUUAGUCGUGACAACUGAAGAUCAGGUUAAUAUAUAUACAUGUAUAUGUUUUCAUAAUUUCUCUGUUACUAUUAGAAAAUUAGCUGUUACUAUUACAUAUAUAUAUAUAAAGUAUAUUUAGUAGUAUUUAUAGGUUGUGCUUGGAGUUUAGGGGGUUUCAUUCCCGUUUAUCUCUACCUCUUCCUCACCCCCUCUCUCCCUAAUUUAAUUAAUCCUGCAAAGCAGUUGUUUUCAUAUAUAUAUAUAUAUGUAGGGAAGUUGAUUUGAUAGAUUGGCUAUUAUAUCCCAGUUGUAUCUUGAACAUUGCUUUUGUAUAAUUGUAGCUGUUUUGAAUCCUUCUAGAAAGACAAAAUAAAUUAGCUUAGAGUA